CCUCCUCACUGGCCUACCUCAUCGCAGGCUAUCCCCUAUUCAGUCUCUCCGUUCUGUAUCUGCCACCCCUCUCUGCCAAUCCCUCCACUGGCCUCCACUCAGUGUUCUCCACCCCUCUCUGCCUAUCCCUCCACCACUCUGUCCUCCACCCUCUCUGCUAAUCCCUCCACUGGCCUCCACUCAGUGUCCUCCACCCCUCUCUGCCUAUCCCUUCACUGGCCUCCACCCCUCUCUGCUAAUCCCUCCACUGGCCUCCACUCAGUGUCCUCCACCCCUCUCUGUCAAUCCCUCCACUGGCUCCCA